UCUCGCCCGCCAACAGGGUUCGUUUCAGAUUGAUGAUUCUUCACAGCUCGGAAGUGAACGACGACGAGGCCGGUUCGUCGAUCAGUCAAGGCCAACUGAAACGCAACCGUAGGUGUCAUCCCAAACUGAUUCACGCUACCUAUAACCUAUAUCUGCUGCUACAAUUGCAUGGUCCUCCGAUGACCGACACGCUGCUGCUCCGGCCGAUGACGACGGUCAUGGCGGCAGGAGCCCAAGGGACGCGGAAGACGUACUCAUUGCCGAACCUGAUUAUUUUGAACCGGCUGCGAACGCCCAACUGAUUCUUUUAGAAAAGUAAAGCCGUAAAUGAUCCAAGAGCUGUCAGUGUAAUCUGGCGUGCUGUUCCUGGUUGCUCCAGAGGGGAUCCACUUCUCUAUAUGCAUUUGGUUAAUCCUGCGUUUAUAGUUAGGUGCUCGUCAUUGCCAUUCACAACUCUCCGCAUUUGUUGCGAACCGAUUUACAGGACAAAAAUUAUACUGCAAUUGAUCUUUGCGACGGUGCUGAUGGUAGUUUGGUAGUGCAGGUAAACAUCCUCAAGAACGCAGAGUGAUCCACGCGUAAUCGUCGGAGAAAGAUGAGGAGCGGGGGGCUUCGUCUUCGCUUCCUUGCCAUCUCGAUCCUGCUCCUGUGCUCUGCAACCAAUGCCGCGUCGUGGAGCAUCUUCUCGAGGAGGACGUCGAAAGAGGCCGGGACGCCGCCGCUGCGGCUGGACGGCGCCGGCUUCUCGAUCGACGGCGCCAGGAACGACCCCCGGGGCGCGCGGCUCGUGGACAACGCGCGGCGCCGGAUCGAGGGGCCGGCGGCCUGCUGGGGCCAGGCGUACACCCGCCUCUUCGCCAGCUGCGCCGACAUCAUGGCCGACAAGGAGCGCCAGUCCAGGCUCGCCUGGCACCUCAGCAGCUGCUUCCAGGAGGACUCCGGCCGCCCGCCGCUCCCCGACUGCGGCGACCGCUCCGCCAUGCUGGACUGCCGCAGGCGCCUCUCCGAGUCCGAGGACAAGGUCUUCCUCGAGUUCUUCCUCGAGACCAACACCCUCUGCCACCAGCUGCAGGCCGAGGCGUUCAAGCACAGCACGGAGAGGCUGGUGAACGACCUCUCCAGGACGUCCAAGUCCGCGCACGAGAAGCUCGAGACCAUCGAGGAGAGGUCCGACCAUCUCCUACAAGAAUCCGAGAACAUCCGCGGCUCGCUGUUGUCGGUUGCCGCGCAGACCGAGCACCUCGCCACGGCGUCCACCGCCGUCGGGGCUCAGAUCGACCAAGUGCUCGACCACUCGAGGACCAUCUCCGAGCAGUCCAAGGAGAUCGCGGCCGCGCAGGCGGAGCUCAGGGCCGGGCAGGCCGCGAUGAGGGACGCGGUGGACGCCGGCAUGGCGCGCGUGGAGGAGUCCUACAAGACCCUCGGCGACGGGAUGGACAGGCUCAGGGACGACGCCGCGGGCGUCGAGAGGGGGAUCAGGGCCGUCGGCGACGCCAUGUCGUCGAGGAUGGACGGCCUGCAGCGCACCGCCGACGACAUCGGGAGCGUGGCCGGCAGGUCGCUGGAGAACCAGAUGCAGCUGUUGGAGGGGCAGGCCAAGGCGAUGCGAGAGCUGAACGAACUCCACGGCUUCCAGGCACGAGCACUCGAAGAGAGCAGGGAGACGAUACAGAAGCUCGCGCACUUCGGCCAGCAGCAGCAGGAGGAGCUGCUGGCCCGGCAAGAGGAGAUCCGGAGAGCUCACGAUCAUCUCAUCCAGAAUUCUCACUCGAUACUGGGGGCUCAGGAAGAGUUCAGGGCGAAGCAGGCCAACAUCUUCGCGGCACUGGACAAGCUCUACGGCCUCCACAACGCCACCCUCGUGGAGUCCCGGUUCAUCAAGGCCUUCUUCUUCUACUGCUGCAUCACCUUCCUCAUCUACAUGCUCACCAGCGCCAAGCAGACGCUCGACAUCAGGGGCCAGCUCUAUUUCGGUCUUUGCAUUACGAUUAUGCUGGAGAUUGGAGUGAUCAAACUGGGAGCUGACGACUUCAACACUCAGUUCUGGGUCCUGUCCAAGGUGCUGCUGGUCAGAUCAGUGUUCCUCGCCGCUGCUGCCUUCCAGAUCUUGCGCUCCAUCUUCACAUACAAGGAUUAUGAUGUUCUGAACCAUCAUCUGCUCCAAACGCUGGUGGAGAAAGUUUGGACUAUUGAAGGCAAUGCCUGCGGCGGAGGCAAGGCGUAUAAUCCGUACAGCUCAGAGAAUGAUGGAAGCCUCAGCAGGUACUCCUGGAUCUUCGACGAGCUGGAGGACGAAGUGGACAGCAGGAUCGAUCCAGACUUCAUGCCGCCAAAAAAUGGCGUUUUACUGGAACAAAUCGGUGAAAACUCAAUCACCACGUCAGACUCAAGGAGAUACAACCUCCGUCCGCGCAUUAGACCGUGCUAAUAUCAUAUGGAUUACGGCAGUUCUGCCAUAGAACUUGUAAAAAUAUCAACACUGGGCUGAAGAACAGAACGGUGGAGAGAAU